AUGACCGGGCUUGCACAGCCCUGCGAUGUCAGAAUCCAGUGCCCCUACAAGCUCGCAAUAAAGCGCUCUCAGCUUCAGGACAUCUAUGAUGAGACUCUUCGGCAACUCGCCAACCAAGUCGACCCCGAUGAUAUCCACCUUGAUCAUAUGAUUGGAACACUCCGUGACUGCUCUGUUGGCUGGUUCCUCAAGGUGUGGCAGGAUAUCAGUGUUCCGUCACUAGUUAAGAAGGCGUUCGAGAAGUGCACUGUCCCGGAUACACCUUUCAAUCUUUCGUUCGAGUCUAUCACCAGCUCCGCAGCCCUCAAGUUCCUCCGUGAACUCCCAUGUACUGACCCAGAGCUAUAUGCGCAGGUAGCAGAUAAGCACGCCCGCGGAGCUGGCGAGAUGAUCAUUGAUGACGAGGACGAUCUGGCCUCGUCUGAGUCCGAUCUUGAGGAGGCAUGCCCUUUUGAAUUUGAUGAUCUUGCUGCCGACUCUGAGUCAGAAGCUGAUGCAGUUCCUGCAUACGAUGAGGAUGCGGAGUUUGAUGAUGACACUGCUCUCGAGCCUGCUGACCUCAUGGCGACCAUCCUAGCUGCUCCCCAGCCUGCUGGUUAA